AUGUACCCCGUCACAUGUGAGCUCCCGCACCUACCCAAAGCCGCCGCUAAAAUCGCGCUCCAUAACUUUCAAUGGCACUUCGCGACUCUGGUCGUUUUCAACUCGUCUCUGGUCUGCACUGCGACUGAAUUCAUCAAAUUUUACGGCAAAAGCUUGCUCAUGGAUAAAACUCUGAUCAGAGUACCGGAGAACAUAACUCAACUCGUUCUGUUCGCUCUGGACGUCGACGAUUUACACAACAUGCUAAAGACUAUCAAAGAAAGAGGAAUCGACAACACCGGAAAGUAUAUCGUGGUAUGCCAAAAAGACGACAAACCGUGCGACGAGAAGGCCGCGGUCGACAUACUGUGGCAAUAUAGAGUCGCGAACGUGCUGGUCCUCAACAUCAAAGCUGACAGAAUCGAAGGGUACACAUACUUUUUCGACAAGAACUGUAAAAACGGCCCUUCCGUUAAUGUUCUAUCGUGGGGCCUGGAGGAGCAGCAGCAGAAUCAACGCACCGCGCUGUUUCCGAUAAAGUUCAAAGAUAUGCACGGCUGCCCCCUCUACGUGUCGACAUUCAUCCAACCGCCGUACAUGCAGAUCAACGAUACGAUUACAGGAGCCGACGGAGAUUUGCUCCUGAUACUAAUGAAUGCACUCAACGCGGAGCUCAGGAUAAUGACGCCGCUCGUCGGGGUGGGGUGGGGCUACAAGGACGAAAACGGCACGUGGGUCGGCUCCCUCGGCGACGUCUACUACGAUUGGGCAAAUUUCUCGAUGACCUCCGCUAGUUUAACGCUCGCGAGAUUCUCGUCCUUCGACAUUUCCACUGGAUAUAAUAAAGUGAGCAUAGUUUGGGUCACCCACCCGUCGAAAAUCGAGCCCGCAUCCAUGAAGCUCCUGCGACCGCUGCAGGCUAACGCGAGGAUAGCGCUGAGCGUCUCCUUCCUUCUAACGAUCGCUUUUGUUAUACUUCUCAAAACGAACUUCGCUGAAGCCCACCUGGGCAGAGUCCCCGAGGGCAUGUUCUUUCACUGCUGGGAAAUGUGCAUGGGGCAGCCUCUCACCAGGUUGCCCGUGAAAAUGACGUUUCUCUACAUUGUGCUCUUUGGGAUAUGGUACUGCUAUUUAAUACGAACGUUCUACCAGGUGUACCUCAUAGACAGUCUGAAGAACGACGUUUAUAUCGCCGACAUAACGAGCAUCGACGAGUACAUCCGAGCGGAAUAUCCUUAUGGUGGGGGGCUGGCCCUUCGAGAUUUUUACUUGGACUGCCCCGCAGUUUACGAUAGUUGGAUAAAUAUAGAGAGUGAUGAAAUAUUUACAGUGCUACGGGAGCUCGGCGAGGGCAAAAAGUUCGUUUUAGCCAUGAACUCCGCUACCGCCGACGCGUAUCAGCGAAACUACAAAAAGAACUUGUACGUUCUACCUGAAACGAUAGCGAGCAGCCACGCGGUAUUGUUUUUCAAAAAGUAUUCCCCGCUGGUGAAAUCCAUAAAUAUAAUAUUGAAGCGCCUGGUAGAAUCCGGCUUGGUCGAGAAAAUAUACGAAGAUAACGCUUUAUCUCAGUACAAAAGGAUUCCUACGUCGGAUCAGAGGCCUAUCAAACUGCAGCAUUUUACAGGCUGCUACCUCAUACUGGUCGUAGGGUGGACUUUAUCUGGCAUAGUGUUUUGUGUGGAGCUGUAUAUGGGAAGAAAAAAUAAAGUUAAAUAG